GCACUAGGGCUGAUUUGUGAUCAUGGCGGCGUCGCAGUUACGCCGGGAUAAGAAUUCUGUUGCAGCUCAGUUAAAAAUAGAGGUGAAUCGGCCAAAUAGCACUACAGGGAUCCAUCAGCUAAAUGACUUGUUAGACGGAGUAUUGAGCUCUGAAGCGUCGGUUGUUGACAGUGAGGUCUUAGAGUGGUGCAAGUGUUUAGUGGCCGGUGGGGAAGGUUUCGAAGAGUUUUGCAAGGCAGUGCGCUGUUAUGAUAAUGCCACUCUGUGUGGCUUGGUAUGGACGGCUAACUUUGUGGCCUAUCGUUGUAGGACCUGUGGCAUCUCCCCGUGUAUGUCUCUUUGUGCUGAGUGUUUUAACAACGGAGAUCAUACUGGGCAUGACUUCAACAUGUUCAGAAGUCAGGCAGGAGGGGCCUGCGAUUGUGGGGACAGUAAUGUCAUGAGAGAGAGUGGGUUUUGUAAAAGACAUCAGAUGAAAUCGCAGUCAGAUAUUCCGUGUGUUCCUAAAGAACUAUUAAUGAUGUCUGAACUAGUUCUUCCUAGAUUUAUCUUAUGCCUUAUUCAGUACUUAAGAGAUGGCUAUAAUGAAACUGAUCCAGUAUCAGAAAGAGACCUUCAGAAAGUAUUGCAGCCACUGGAACCUUGGAUUGCUUUCCUAGAGGAACUGACAAAAAUGGGUGGAGCCAUGCGACGUGUUCUUACAAAGGUCUUAACAAAUCAGCAGUAUUACAAGGAGCUUAGUGCAGGUCCUGGAAACAGUGCAUAUGCAAAGAAGAGCUAUGAAAAAUAUCUUUGUGCUGUAAAGGGUUCUGGAUUGUUAUCUUCAGAGGUUAAAGCAACAUCUAGUACGCAAGAACAAGGUGCUGGAACGAGUAGUUCAUUUACUCAGGGUGCUGCAGCUGCUGCAAGACCAACUGAUUCUUCAGAUGAGGAUAUUUUCUUCCAGGAAGACCAGGAUGGUAGUCAAGGUGUGGGCAAACGUAAGAGAGUAAAAUUAAGUAGCAGCACCAAAGAUUCAUCCAUUAUGGAUGUAUUGAAGCACAAGUGCUUUUUAGAAGAGCUACUGUUUUGGACAAUAAAAUACGAGUUUCCACAGAAGAUGGUCACCUUCCUUCUUAAUAUGCUACCAGAUCAGGACUAUAAGAUUUCUUUUACUAAAUCCUUCGUUCAGCACUAUGCAUUUAUAAUGAAAACACUGAUGAAGAGCCAUGAAUCGGACACCAUGUCUAACCGAAUUGUACAUAUUAGUGUUCAGUUAUUUAGCAACGAAGAGUUGGCACGACAAGUUACAGAAGACUGCCGUCUUCUAAAUAUUAUGGUCACAGUUCUACUGUAUAUGAUGGAAACUUGCCUUGUUAAAAGUGAAGUUCAAGAUGAAGAAAACAAUUUUCAUGUUGUGGUGAAUUGUGGAGAACCACUUUUGAAAAAUAACACCUACUGGCCUUUAGUUAGUGAUUUCAUUAACAUUCUUUCACAUCGAAGUGUAGCCAAGAAGUUUUUGGAGGACAGAGUGUUGCUGUCCAUGUGGAUGAGCUUUGUAUCAUAUUUUCAAGGUAUGAACUUGAACAAGCGAGAACUUAAUGAACAUGUAGAAUUUGAAUCACAAACUUAUUAUGCAGCAUUUGCAGCUGAAUUGGAAGCCUGUGCUCAGCCGAUGUGGGGACUUUUAUCACACUGUAAAGGCAGAGAUAAACAUGAGUACACAAGUACAAUCGUCAGAGAGUGUCUGGAAACACUAGAGGACUGGUUUGACGCGGUCAACUUUGUAGAUGAGCCAGCUCCCAACCAAGUCACUUUUCAUUUGCCUCUUCAUCGAUAUUAUGCUAUGUUUCUUAGUAAGGCUGUGAAGUGCCAAGAUAUGGACUUAGAUUCACUCCUUCCAGAUCAUGAAAUGCUUAUGAAGCUAAUGGUUCACCCAUUACAAAUACAGGCUAAUUUAUCAGAAAUUCAUAGUAACAUGUGGGUUAGGAAUGGCCUGCAGAUAAAAGGACAAGCCAUGACUUAUGUUCAGUCCCACUUCUGUAACUCCAUGAUUGACCCUGACAUCUUCUUACUGCAGGUUUGUGCAUCAAGGUUGGACCCAGAUUACUUCAUUUCAUCAGUUUUUGAAAGGUUUAAAGUUGUUGAUUUAUUAACAAUGGCAUCCCAACACCAGAGCAAUGUUCUUGAUGCAGAAUAUGAGAGGCCAAUGUUAGAAGGUGCCUUAACUUUUCUUGUUAUCCUUUUGAGCCUCCGUAUUCACCUAGGAAUGACUGAUGAUGAAAUCUUAAGAGCAGAAAUGAUAGCGCAACUCUGUAUGAACGACAGAACACACAGCUCAUUGUUAGACCUCAUUCCAGAGAAUCCUAACCCUAAAAGUGGUAUUAUGCCUGGGUGCUUAAGUUUUGAAACUGUGCUUGCUUCUGUUGCUGAUUUUAAAGCACCUGUGUUUGAACCUGGAGGUUCUAUGCAGCAGGGAAUGUACACACCCAAAGCUGAUGUUUGGGACAGAGAGUUUGAUCCCAUCAUGGUUAUCCUUCGAACCGUUUAUCGUAGGGAUGUGCAGUCAGCAAUGGACAGAUACACAGCAUUUUUGAAACAGUCUGGUAAAUUCUCUGGUAAUCCAUGGCCACCUUACAAAGAGAGGACACCACUACAUCCCAGUUAUAAAGGUCUAAUGAAGUUGCUGCACUGUAAAACUCUGCAUAUCGUUUUAUUUACACUUCUUUACAAGAUAACCAUGGAUCAUCAGAAUAUGUCAGAACAUGUACUUUGCAUGGUGUUGUAUCUCAUAGAGCUGGGUAUGGACAGUGUUCCUGAAGAAGAUGCAGAUGAAGAGGAAUCUGUUGAGCAAGACCGUUGUCAUGACAGCUGGUUUCCUGGAAGUAACUUGAUGUCCAACUUGCACCACAUAAUAAAUUUUGUGAGGGUGAAGGUACCAGAAACUGCUCCAGAAGUAAAAAGGGAGCCUCCUGCAAGCACUAGUUCUGAAACUGGCUCUUCUACUCAGAGCUCAAGACGAUCUUCUGCCUUCCAACGAGAGAAUUCGGGUACAGCUCAGGUAUUCAGUCUGGUUGCAGAACGUAGGAAGAAAUUCCAGGAAAUUAUCAAUCGUAAUAGUGGUGAAGUUAACCAAGUGGUUCGUCCAAAGGCAUUGUCAAUGAAAUGGUCAGCACCCAACUCAACUCCACAGCUUACCACAGCCAUUCUAGAAGUUAGAGAAAGUAUGCUGUCUCUUAUGGUAAAACUACAUCACAAAUUAUCUGCAAAACAAAAUUCAUACUAUCCACCUUGGCUAGAGGACUGUGAGAUGACAUUUGAGCAUGACUUUGAGAAAUACAACCAUGGUGAUGGAAUAACUGCGUUAGAAAGAAUACUAAUGAAAGCUGCUGCCCGCAGUCGUAAAAACAAAUAUUGUUUAGAAGAAAUAUGUAGAAAAGUGUCUCCUCCUGUACCACCAAAAAAGAACAGUCCAACAGAAAAGAAAGCCAUGGAUAAAGAGGAAAGACGUCAGAAGGCCAGAGAACGGCAACAGAAACUACUUGCAGAAUUUGCAUCAAGGCAAAAGAGCUUCAUGGAAACUGCAAUGGAUGUUGAAUCACCAGAUACCGAAGAUGUUAUGGAAAUAAGCUCAGUUGAACCACAGCCUUUGGAAACUAUUUAUGACUGUGUUAUUUGUGGACAGAGUGGUCCAUCUACUGAAGAACGUCCUACAGGACUGGUAGUACUGUUACAAGCCUCUUCAGUCCUAGGGCAUUGUCGGAAGAGCAGUGAGCCAAGGAAGCUGCCAACCAGCGAAGAGGAGCAUAUUUACCCUGAAGGUACAUGUGCAGCUGCUCAUGACGUCAGACUUGUAACACUGCAGAAAUACUUCAAGGACAGUUCAUGCUUACAGUCGGUGUCCAUUGGCUGGGAAGGCGGUGUCUACGUUCAAACAUGUGGGCACACUUUGCAUAUUGACUGUCACAAGUCAUAUAUGGAAUCUCUGAGGAAUGAUCAGGUCCUACAAGGUUUCUCUGUGGAUAAAGGAGAAUUCACAUGUCCUCUUUGCAGACAGUUUGCCAACAGCGUUCUGCCUUGUUAUCCUGGACAAAAUGUGGAAAAGACAUCAUGGCAUAAUCAAAACAAAAGUAUACAGCUCCUUGUCAAGGAGGUGGAAGAUUUACAGGAGCAGCUGGGGACAUUCCCAGUAAGCAUCAGUUCUGAAACUAACCUUAGCAAAGAAAUGGAGUCUGUGAUGAAAGAUAUAAAAAGCAGUACCCAGAAGAAAUAUACAGACUACAGCAAGACCCCUGGCACUCCAGACAAUGAUUUUCUCUUCAUGUAUUCUGUAUCCAGGACAAACUUGGAGUUGGAGCUGGUUCAUCGUGGAGGAAAUUUGUGUAUAGGAGGUGCCAGUGCUGCAGCAAAAAGAUCCUGUUUGAAUCAUUUGUUCCAUGUGUUAGCUAUGCACAUGCGUCUCUACAGGAUUGACUCUGCAUACAAUCCCUGGAUAAGGCUUACACAUCUGGUGCCCAAAGAGAGCACAGAUGUGUGUGAUGACGGAAAGCCAGAGGUGCCACUGUUGUACAGAGAUGUACCAUCAUUGCUGCUCAUUCUCGUUUUAACUAUGCCUCAGCCCUUACACAAAGAACACUAUACCUGCAUUGUUAAGGUACUCUAUACAUUACUGUUCACUCAAGCUAUUACAGCACUGUCUGUUUCAUUCAGUGCUGAAGAAAGACUGGCAUGGAAGAAUUCUGGAGCACUGAAAAAGAGUACAUGCAGCCAAGAAAAAUCAUGGGAAGUAUUACUUAGCCAUGUUAUCAGCAAACUGUCACUGGGAAAAAUCUAUGAGGAAGACACUGAAGAUUUAUCAAUGCUUAGUUCAAGUGUCUGGUCACCUCAGUCUAUAGAACAUUACUUGCAACAAUAUUGCUUACCAUUUUUAAGAAUCUCCAGUCUUCUUCAGCACCACCUCUUUGGUGAUGAACUGUUGAGUUGCCAGGAGGAGGAGGAAUUCACACUGCUUGCCAGCUGCCUGGGAUUGCUCUCAUCAUUUGCACAGACAUCAGAUCAGUUUUCUAGUGCCUCUUGCCUUGACUGGCCCUUACCAGCAUUUGACAUGAUAGUCCAGUGGUGCUCAGAGCUGACUUCAUUUGCAGAAACAAGUGUGGAUCAUUCAAAGAGUCUGUUGAUCCGGGAUCCUCAUUGGGCCUUACCUCGACUCUUGCAGUUACCAGAAAAUUAUAAUACAAUAUUUCAAUAUUAUCACAGAAAAUCCUGUAUUGUUUGCACUAAGGUACCAAAGGAUCCUACACUUUGCCUAAUUUGUGGUACCUUUUUGUGCCUGAAAGGACUGUGCUGUAAACAGCAAAACUACUGUGAAUGUGUGCUGCACUCUCAGAACUGUGGAGCAGGAACAGGAAUAUUCUUGCUGAUCAAUGCAUCAGUAAUCAUCAUCAUACGAGGCCACCGCUUCUGCCUAUGGGGUUCUGUCUAUCUGGAUGCUCACGGUGAAGAGGACAGGGACCUAAGACGUGGUAAACCUCUGUACUUGUGUGAAGAAAGAUACAAAGUCCUGGAGCAACAAUGGGUGUCUCACACAUUUGAUCAUAUAAAUAAAAGAUGGGGGCCACAUUACAAUGGAUUGUAGCUCAUCUCCUGCUUCAUGAAUGCAGCUUUACCAAUGAUAAGCUUUAACAUUAAAGGAAUCAAGUUUUUUAAAGCACCGUGAAAAGAGAAAAUGUCAUUUUCUUAUUACAAAGCCUUCAGACUGCAAUUAGGUGCUAUUUAUGCUUCAUAUAUGGUACAGUACUAGUUGCAAAAAUCCUAAGCUGUUUGAGAAUGGUCAGAAAAGACUAGAAAUUUUCCCCUAAUUUUCACAUUAUUUAAAACCGUGUUCAAAUAAAAAGCACAAAACUUAUUUUAUGUCCAUUUUAAAAGUGUGAUGUGUGCCCUGCAGAGUGCUGUCAUUAUAAAUAGGGAGGAAUUGGAAAACCCAUCAGUUAUAUUUGAAUCAUUUUUCUGUAGUUUGUGUCUGUUGUACUCACCAUGUAGUUCUUUAUUUGCAGACUUUGUGUUGAUAUGGAGUUUUUAUUUGUAUUUUGUAAUUACAUGAACAUACUAAAACAUGAAUAUCAGUGACUGUGGAAUAUUGUAUAUUAAGGGGUGAUUUGGAAUGCAAACAUACUUCUCACUUUUUAAGCUCACAUGUUGAAAGGUAGCCUGAAAGAAGAAUCAAUUUUACCAGGGGGAAACAUAAUUCUCUUUCAUUCUCAGGAACUUUCAUGUAAUUUUGCUAUAGUUAGAAAUUGCUGUAAAUUGUAUGUAUAUUUUUUUUUAAAUCCUGCUGCUGCUGUCCUGUACUACUUAAUAAUUUAGUCACCUUUGUAAAAGAUGUUUGCCAUUUUGUAUUCAAAAGCUGGAAUCAGGCUGUUGCAGUUUGAGUGACUAUUAAUAACUGCAGUAUAUAGAUUUUACUCUUAUUUACUCAGUUUUGCUUGACAUGCCACAUGGCAUAUCCUAAUUGUAAGUGUGCAUGCCUGCAUUUUAUCGCCACCCAGAUAUGUGUAUUAGAAUUAUUUGGUCUGAAAAGGAGAGACUGUACAGUAAAUGAAACUGAGUUCCAGAUCUUACUUUAUUUUAUUUAUUUAUUUAAUGUUUUUGUCAGUUCUAGAUGUUCGUUGAGUUCUGGAUCUUUUCUUUUCUUUUUUUUUUUUGGUCAGUUCUAGAUGUUCAUCUUUGUCAGUUCUAGAUGUUCAUCUUUAUUGUAUUUGUACAGCGUAAUCAGCUUUUUAUGCUUGGUUUCCUAAGCAGGAAGAAAUAGCUUGGGGCAUUCAUUCUUUUCAGAACUGGUUUCUGUAUCCCAUUUCAGCUCUAGAACAUCCUUAAUAGUAUAGUUUUUGGGGGAGGAGUUUUGUUGAAAAACAAGUAAAAGUAAAUAUUUUGAUAAAUAAAGUGCAAUAGUAAGGUAUGCAGAUGUCACUGAUUUGUCCCUGCAUAUUCUUACCACUGAAUUGUUUAGAAAUGUUGGGAAUUUUAAGCCACACGCUAGGGUUUUCAGUGCUUUUCUCUUUUGGUUUGGUGCUUAGCCUAGACCUCUAAAAUAUUUUGAUUUGCCUAAGAAUGUGUUUUGAUAAAACACUGUCCCUAAUUCUGCUAUAAAAGCUUUAAAAGUUAAGAUGUGUCAACCAGCAUUAAGUGGGUCUGUCAUUGAGGUAUGCAGUUUCUUACUUGAAUAUGUCUUGCACUAGUAAAACUGAGUAAAUGAAACCACAGAAGCCAAUUUACAGGUUAUAUUGUAACAGACAUGAUGAAAUGGACAAACAGUGGAGCUUUAUGCACCUUAAUGGAACAAUAGUUUAGCAGGAUUAUUGCAUUCUAAUCCAUAGGUACAGUGAUACAGUUCUGUGUCGGUAUUUUUAGCUUUUUGUUAUUUAUCUUAUAUAUUUUUCCCUACAGCCUAUCUCUUGUGAAUUUAAGAUUGUUUGGCUGGUUAGACUAGUGGAAAUAUAUUGCAGCACUUUAUUUGCAAUUUUGUUUUAAGAUUAUUUCCAGACUAUGUCUUUACUUUGCAUUACUCAGAUGUAAAGAGUGGUCUGUUACUACAUGAUCAUAACAUAAAAUGAGCACUUGCUGCUGAAGUUUUGGAUGAAUGUAAGCCAUAUACCACAGUUAAAGGGCAGGGUGGGGAUAAAUUAAAUUGUAGUACUUUGUUAAACAAAGAAGUCUGGUGAUGCCCAACUUUCAACAGCUUGUUACUUUAUCUUACAACAGACAUCCCAGUCCUUCAUGUAUUUGGAUCGACCACAUACAUCUGCUGAACAUUUGAAGUAAUUGCGUAUCAGCCAUGCAGUCAGUUUUGAACAAGAUACUUGGUUUUGUAAAUGUACUUGAAUUCACGCAUGCUGCUACUUUCAAAAAGGAUGUCCCCACAUUUUAUGGAUUGGGUCCCCACCUUGCAUAUUCUUAAACUCAUGUAGCCUGAAGUUGAGUGCAGUGUGUAUAUUGUAAUCAAAAAAGUGUGCUUACUGGUGUGUUAUCUUGUAAGAAAGAACAUAUAAAUACAGUACAUUACUGUAGAGAUUGAAUAAAGCUUUCUGAUGAAAAAAAAUUCAGAAGGUUCAAAACUAGACCUAAUAAAGAUUGUAUAAUAUGUUAAUAAAAAUCGAGAGACACUUCA